AUGGCUCCGUUCCGUAAGGCCAGGUCUGAAGUUCGCGCCAAGCAGGUCGGAAGUACCAGUCCCGAGACGAUAUCCUCAGGAGGACCGGCAGGCUCGCCAAACACGUCCGUGUCGGAUCAGAAUCAGCAGCUGUUGUACAAUAUGGAAGAGCGCAUUCCGACGCAUGCCAAUUUAGUACUACCAAUCAAGGGUUGGUGA